UUAAUAACACUUCGGCAUAUGUUAACGGCUCUCUCACCGUUGUGCGCUCUCCAAUCAGAAAAACUGUUUGCUUUGUAAAAAACUGUGGAGCGCGAGUAUGUUGCCUACGCUCAGCGAGUUUGCACGCACUGGUCUCGCAUUUUGUGUAAGCAGAAACUGUGUUGAAUUAAUGUACAAUAAUGAAAAUACAUUUUCGCGAGCAAUAUGGCACCAAAGGGGAGGAAAUACUGUAUGUGACGCCAGCAGAUCAAAGCAAUAUUGUUCGAGUGCCUCUACGCGGCGAUAAGCUGGUCAUUCAAGAGAAGUUCUUGUUAUUUCGUGUGCUGCAGAAUGUCUUUCUACCCAAGGGUUAUCCGGACUCUGUGUCCGAUGAUUAUGCGGCGUAUCAAAUCUGGGAUACAGUGCAAGCAUUCUGCAGUACCAUUUGCGGCACACUCUGCACACACGCCAUUCUCAAAGGAAUCGGAGUGGGCAGCGAGAAUGUGAAUGCCUAUUCGGCGACGGUCACCUGGAUACUAAAGGAGGGCAGCGGGCAUAUGGGACGCAUUAUAUUUGCCUGGUGGCAAGGUAGUCAAUUGGAUGUGGACUCUAAGAAAUGGCGACUGCGAGCGGAUUUUCUCAAUGAUCUGGCAAUGGGCAUUGAGAUCUAUGUGCUUCCCAAAUAUCCGCAUUUUAGCACGCAAAUUCUUUGCGGCUCCACCCUGCUAAAGGCAAUUGUAGGCGUGGCGGGCGGUGCGACGCGUGCUGCAUUGACGCAGCAUCAUGCGGUGCGCGGCAAUUUGGCGGAUGUCGCCUCCAAGGAUAGCUCCCAAGAGACGUGCGUCAAUCUGAUUGCCUCCUUUGUGGGUCUCUAUCUGCUGACUAUGAUCAAGAGCCAAGCGAUGCUUUAUACAGUUUUCUAUAUUGUGGUCACGCUGCAUCUCUAUGCGAAUCUAAAGGCUGUGCGCGCUGUUUGCUUGCGCACCUUCAACGAAUCGCGUUAUCUAAUUACAUUAGAGGAGUUCUUUAGGUCGUCACAGAUGCUAACACCACAGCAGGUCAACAAAUUGGAACGCGUUACUCUCGGCCAAAUGGUCUCCGUAUCACUGAAAAUUCGGCUCGGCUUGAGCGUAAAACAUCUCAUAGAUGAGUACAAGAGCAGCGAUGUCAUCGAGGAUAUUGUGUCCUCGUUUGAUCCCCAUGAACACUUCAUUAUAGCGGAGAGCAAGAAGUAUUUGGGUGUCUAUUUGCAUUUCGAUACACGACCACAGGAUGUCCUGAAGGCUUAUUUCUUUGGUGUCUCCUAUCUGCAGGAUCGGAAACAUAUAAAGGAAAAAUAUUGGGAUAUCCAAGGCAAAUGGCAAGAGUUCUUGAGUCUAGCGCAAAAGGAAGGUUGGAUAAUUAAUCAGCAUUUAUUGUUGGUUGAUGAAUAUCGUUUGGACUGGAAGGCUUAAAGAAUGACCUAAGCUUACUAACUGGACCAGAUACGAUAAAAUGCUAAGAUCGCCGCUUGCUAUGAAUGACAUUAUUAAAUUAUUAUUUUGUAGGCUUGGAGCAUUUAAACGACACAGACACUCACUCACACACAUUCUCACAUAUCUCACAUGGUUAAUAACCAUAAGGCAAACGUUGAUAUUAACAAAAAUGAUUGCGACUAUGCAUAUUUACACAUUUUAGAUUUUAGACACAAGAAAACAUUCAUGCGCAUCUAUCUCAACUAUACUUAAUAACUGAAAGGUAAAUCAUUCGAAUAUAACGUGAACAUCUUCCAACUAAUGUAACUCUGCCUUAGCACAAAGUAACGUUUGUAAACGAUAUUCAAUAUUAUACUCAAAGAGUCCUUAUCUGGACUUUCUCUAUUUGUAUCUAGGCCAUCUAAAGAAAAGACCCUCAAGAAUUUUAGAAUCAAACGAUGUGUUGGAAUAUUUAAUGAAUAUAAUGUCUAUUUUUUACUAACUUACCACUUGUAUAUUUCGAGGAGGUACUUUUUACCACAAAUUGAAAGCAAAA